AUGGAACCUACAAGUUAUUUAGAGGCUGCACAAUCAAAAUCCUGGAGGAGUGCCAUGAAGGAGGAGUUGGCCAUGAUUGAAAAAAACCAAACCUGGAAGCUGGUGGAUAGACCAGAAAACAGAAAAGUUAUCCGGACCGAAAACGCAUCCAUCAGGGCAGAAAAUCAGUCUCUUAAAGAGAAGGCUCCAAGGGCCUGGUACAGCAGGAUUAAUGACCACUUGCUGAAUUUGGAUUUUGUUAGGAGUCCAAAUGAAUACACCCUUUACAUUAGAGAAGCUGAAGAUGACUUGAUGAUUAUUUCUCUAUAUGUGGAUGAUCUUCUAGUUAUUGGAAGCAAUGAAACUCAAGUGGAUGAAUUCAAGAAAUCCAUGCAAAGUGAGUUUGAAAUGACUGAUUUGGGUGGAAUGUCUUACUUCCUUGGAAUGGAGAUUGAUCAACAUGUGGAUGGGAUCUUUGUGAACCUAAGAAGAUAUGCAAGUGAAGUUUUAAAGAAGUUCUGCAUGGAAAACUGCAAACCAGUAAAUCUGCCUUUAGUUCCAAAUUUAAAGCUGUCAAAGAAUGAGGAUGGUGAGAAAGUUGAUGAAGGUUUGUAUAGGAGUUUAAUAGGAUGUCUGUUGUAUUUGACAGCAACUAGGCCAGAUUUAAUGUAUGCAACCAGUCUACUAUCCAGAUUUAUGAGUAAUCCAACUGAAACACACUUCAAAAUAGCAAAAAGCGUACUGAGGUAUGUAACAGGAAGCACUGACUAUGGGGUAUGGUUCAAGAGAUCAGAGGACUUCAGUUUGAUUGGUUAUUCGGACAGUGAUUGGGCUGGUUCAACAGAUGAUAUGAGAAGCACUUCAGGUUUUGCAUUCUUCAUGAAUCAUGGUGCUAUCUGCUGGCUUUCUAGGAAGCAGGAAACCGUAGCUAUAUCCACAGCUGAAGUAGAGUACAUAUCAGCUACUGCAGCUGUGAAUCAAGCCAUCUAA